UUAGAGACUUUUGUCAAUUAUUUUUCUUUUUUCUUCAGAGAGUAUGUACAAAUAUUAGGUAGGUGGUGCAUGGGCAUUGUCCUUUGGGCAUGGGAAAGACCAGAAGAGGUGAAACUAAACUAACUAUGUGGACAAUACAAUGAUACGCAAGUGAAGAUAGGGAGAUGAGAGAAACGUUAAAAUAGCAAAGUGGGUCCCACGAGGAGUGUUUUUAACAAACAGUUCCUCAAUAUUAAAUACCCUCUCAUCACGCACUCUCAAGCCUCGCCUCCUCUUUCACUCCCCUCUUCUUAAUACCGAUUCUGCGGCGCUCAACAACCAUUUCCUCCUUUUUUUGCACCUUCAGGUUGCUGAAGAUGGGAGCUGGUGGCCGAACCUCUGUUCCUCCUUCGGCUAGGAAGUCAGAGAAUGACACUGUGAAACGGGUGCCAUUUGAAAAGCCUCCAUUUAGUCUCAGCCAGAUCAAGAAAGCCAUUCCACCUCACUGUUUUAAGCGCUCUGUUAUCCAUUCAUUCUCCUAUGUUGUUUAUGACCUCACCAUAGCCUUCUUCCUCUAUUACGUUGCCACCCAUUACUUCCAGCACCUUCCUCGCCCUCUCUCUUUCUUGGCCUGGCCUGCUUACUGGGCUAUCCAAGGUUGCAUCCUUACCGGUGUUUGGGUCAUUGCACAUGAGUGUGGCCACCAUGCAUUCAGUGACUAUCAAUGGCUUGAUGAUACAGUUGGCCUUAUUCUCCACUCUGCCCUUCUUGUGCCUUACUUUUCAUGGAAAUACAGCCAUCGCCGCCACCAUUCCAACACCGGUUCUCUUGAGCGGGAUGAAGUCUUUGUGCCCAAACAGAAGUCCAGCAUCUAUUGGUACUCCAAAUACCUUAGCAACAACCCACUAGGCAGAGUCCUCACCAUUACCAUCACCCUCACUCUUGGCUGGCCCCUUUACCUGGCUCUCAAUGUUUCAGGCAGGCCUUAUGAUAGAUUUGCUUGCCACUUUAACCCACAUGGUCCCAUUUACUCAGAUCGUGAACGUCUUCAAAUAUAUGUAUCAGAUGCAGGAAUACUUGCAGUGUGCUUCGGGCUUUACCAUCUUGCCAUGGCCAAAGGUCUUGCCUGGGUUGUGUGUGUUUAUGGAGUUCCACUGCUUGUAGUCAAUGGAUUCUUGGUAUUGAUUACAUUUUUGCAGCAUACUCACCCUGCGUUGCCGCAUUACGAUUCCUCUGAGUGGGACUGGUUGAGAGGAGCUUUAGCAACUGUUGACAGGGAUUAUGGAAUCCUGAACAAGGUCUUCCACAAUAUUACAGACACUCAUGUGGCACAUCACUUGUUCUCCACAAUGCCUCAUUAUCAUGCAAUGGAGGCUACCAAGGCAAUUAAACCAAUUUUGGGAGAUUAUUAUCGGUUGGAUGAAACACCAUUUUACCAGGCAUUAUGGAGAGAAGCUAGAGAGUGUAUCUAUGUCGAGCCAGAUCAAGGUACUGAGAGAAAGGGUGUAUUCUGGUACAACAAUAAGUGGUGAUUAUUAGAGCUGCUGUAGCAUGUUGUCUAUGAGGUGGGAAUGUUUGAAAUUCUCUUAGGAUGUUUGGUCUUAGAGAAUAAUUUUGUUGAAUCUUGAUAUAUUUGUAGUAGUAAACAGUACUGGAAUAGUUUGCUUGAUUGCAGAAUAAGGUAUAACAUUUCUGAACAGUAGUAGUGUAUGUAUUGCACCUUGAUUUGAAAUCGGUGCAUGUGCGUCUAGUUUCUCAAGGUACUUCAAAUCUGUCUGUUGAGAAGCUUAUUUUAUUCUUGUUCUUGGUUCCAAGUCAUUCACAUAUUCUGUGUUUGAUUAAGAAUUAUGAAUUUGUCUGUAACUUUCUGUGGUCAAGUCUACUGUUUGAUAACAAAAAAAAUAAGUUUUAGUUGUUUCCUAUCUAGUUGGGGGGCACUUUUCUUUCUGCCUAAUCACAUUUUCUGUCCUUCUACUGUGGUGAA